CUCAGCCUGUACAGACUGCGCAGGGACCAGGAAGAGAGCGAGUGUGUAUGUGUGUUUACGUGAGGACGAGAGCUCGGUGUACUGUGGCAGGGACUGAGGUCAGCUAUGGGGAAUUCACAGAAGAAGGCCCCUGCUCAUGGAGAGGGAGGGGGCCCGCACUCUCAGUCUGGGACCCCAGGACGCAGGAGGAGUCAAGGAAACAACACAGCCAACUCAAAGACUCAGGAAGUCCAGGGGAAGAAGCCGGCAGUGAAUGGCACCCUUCCAUCUGGCAAGAGCGAGAAUGAGCCUCAGGGCUGCAGUCCUGCCGUCAGUGGCUCUGGUGAACAGGGCUGUAAUCUGGACGCACCAUGUGGUGCCCUUCCUCCUCCACUGGCCCGGCUCAAGAAUGAGGGAAAUAUGUUGUUUAAGAAUGGACAGUUUGGGGACGCAGUGGAGAAAUACACUCAGGCCAUCGAUGGAUGUUUAGAAGCUGGAAUUGACAGCCCAGAGGAUCUAUGUAUUCUGUACUCAAACAGAGCUGCGUGCUUCCUCAAAGAGGGAAACAGUAGCGACUGCAUUCAGGACUGCACCAGGUCUCUUGAGCUCCGCCCCUUCUCCCUGAAGCCCCUCCUCCGGCGAGCUAUGGCGUAUGAGACGCUGGAGCGCUACAGUAAGGCCUACGUGGAUUACAAGACUGUACUGCAGAUAGACAUGAGUGUGCAGGCUGCUCACGACAGUGUGCACAGGAUCACUAAACUGCUGAUAGAACAGGACGGUCCUGACUGGCGGGAGCAGCUUCCAGAAAUUCCAUUGGUUCCUCUGUCUGCCCAGCAGCACCACAGAGAUGAACCCAGUGCAGAGGUUCUGCAGGCCCGCAUAGCCAGAGCUGAACAGGAAAAGGCCAGAAAAGAAGAAGUUCGAUUCAAUGUGCUGAAACAAGAAGGAAACGACUUGGUAAAGAACGACCAGUUUCAAGGUGCUAUGGAGAAAUAUAGCGAGUGUCUGGCCAUUAAACCCAGUGAAUGUGCCAUCUACACCAACAGAGCGCUGUGCUAUCUUAAAUUGGAAUGUUUCGAAGAGGCCAAACAGGACUGUGACUCUGCACUUCAGAUCGAGCCAAACAAUAAGAAAGCAUUUUACAGAAGAGCACUGGCACACAAAGGCUUGAAGAACUACCUGUCAGCCAGCACUGAUUUACAGGAAGUACUGCAGUUGGAUCCAAACGUACAAGAGGCGGAGCAAGAGCUGGAGAUGGUGACUAACCUGUUUAGAGAAAGUCUGUUGGCUAAUGCACAAGGUACACCCUCGUUUUCCAAAGAAGACAUGAACAUGAACACCGUGAAAUGAAAAUUUGAACUCAUGUCGUUCCAAACCUUAUGCUGAUAAAGGAGAAUUUAUUAGGAGAAAAAAUCUUUACCAAUGACAGUUCAAAGUGACCACGUCUGUCAAGCUCCACUAAGUACAAUAAACACCAUCAACUUCAGAAAGUACCAUAAACGCUGUAUUCCAAGUCCUCUGAAGACAUAUGAUAGCUUUGUGUGAGGAACCGACCACAAUUUUAAUCACUAUUCACUGAAAAUCUUCCCUUUCGCUGCAGAUCUUAAAUGUUAUUUUACAUUCAGCACAUUUAAACUAGCUGGCACUAGCAACCUGAUUUGAUAGAUUAUGUGACCACUCACCAAAAGCAAUAAUUAUUACCAUUAACACGUUAUUUUAAUUUUUUUUAAGGUUUAUGCAUUUUAAUUUCAUAGCAAAAUUCCAUAAAAUUGAAUUGAGUCAUCUUUAAUAAAAUAAAAUUAAAAAACUAAGUAUUUUAAGUAAAGUAUAAUUGAUGACGGACCUUCUUUUUUUUUUUUUAUUGAUUUUCUCCCCAAUUUUGGAAUGCCCAAUUCCCAAUGUGCUCUAAGUCCUCAUGGUGUCGUAGUGACUCGCCUCAAUCCGGGUGGCGGAGGACGAAUCUCAGUUGCCUCAGUUGAGACCGUCAAUCCGUGCAUUUUAUCAUGUGGCUUGCUGAGCGCAUUACCGUGGAGACAUUGCGCGUGUGGAGGCUUCACGCUGUUCUCCACGGCAUCCACGCACAACUCACCACGUGAGAGCGAGAACCACAUUAUAGCGACCACGAGGAGGUUAACCCAAUGUGACUCUACCCUCCCUAGCAACCAGGCCAAUUUGGUUGCUUAGGAGACCUGGCUGGAGUCACUCAGCACGCCCUGGGAUUCAAACUAGCGAACUCCAGGGGUGGUAGUCAGCGUCUUUACUUGCUGAGCUACCCAGGCCCCCCUGUGAGGGCUCUUUUUAACCAAAAUUGAAACAAAUGUAGGAUAUUUUAGACAUUGUUUUGACGUUCUUAACCGAUUUACUUUAACCAAUGUCUUUGUUUGAAUUGUUUAUUUUGUUGUGGUAGGCUGUAGGGCUCUUUGAAAUAACGGAAAUAAUUUGAUAUGGAACCGUUAUGCGGUCAAGACCUGGAACCACUUCAUAGCCGUGCGUUUACUUGAAAAAUAAUUGCAAACUUAGAAUGUCCAUCAACCAAUCAGAAUCAAGCAUUCAACAGACCCGUGGUAUAAGUUUUAAUUUAAUUUAAUUUUGUUAAACAUUACACAGUUCAUUUUGUUAUGAAAAUAAAAUACGCAAAUCUUGAAAUCUAUAUUUUUUUAUAGAGUGAUAAUACCUCUCUACUUUCACAAAUUGAAUUCAAUGGUCUUUAAAUUUUCUCAAGAAAGUCAAUUUUGUAUGUGCUGUUUUGGCAGAAAAUUAUCUUGGGGGACAAAACAAACCUCUGGAAGUCACUUGACACAUAACUGUACAGGACUGUACAACUGGUUUUUUUCUCAUGGCUGGUAGUAUAGGUUACCAUACAGAAAAUUAAUUGACACAGGUAAACACAUUUGAACAGACAUGAGAAAGUACAGUGGCAAAAUGUUCAGGGGACAGUAUUUCACAGGUUAUAAUUAUGACACUGAUCAUUAUUAUUUAUAAUUUCAUCAAAUACCCUUAGCCCUUAUGUUGUGUUCUGGUCAUUUUGACCCACAUGAAUUUUUUUCUUAUGCAAAAAAUAAAAAUAAAAUAAUUAUCCAAUUGAAAUCAAAUUCCUUGACUUUGUUCACAUUUGGUAUCUGAAAACACACAAAAAAAGCUUUGGACCAUUUUCUUUAAAUAUUGUUUUGGGUUUUAUUUCACUCUGUUCCCGGACAAAAAUGACCGGCCAUUGGAAAUGAAUGGAAAUAUUAAGUGUUCAGGAGCAUGCUAACCCUUUAGAUGAGCACAUAUGUGGAUGUAUGUUUGCACACACAAAGUCCUCGGACAUGUGCACACACAACACACACAAACACAUUCACACCCACACAUACACACAAUAUGUAUUCCGUCUUUCCAUGUACACUCUUUGAGGAAUAUUUCAAUAUCUACUUAUUAUGUUGUGUUUGGGCUUGUUUGAAUCGGGAUAGUCUGCUGUAAGUUACGAUGUGUCAUUGUCUAUGUUACAUGUAUGUUUCAGGAAGUAAUAAGAAAAAACGUGACAAAAAGCCACUCCUGUUUAUUAUAUUUAUGUGUGUCAGUGGGAAUUUCAUACACUAAUACUCACUGCAGUUUGGUCUCUGAGUGAAACAAAUUUGCUAAUUGCAUUCUACUAACUGAGACCUUUCCAAUGAUAUAUAACACAUGGCUAUCUCAUAUUUUUUAUGGUUUUAACAACUCUGAAUAUAACUGUUGUAAUAACAAAUUUGACAGUGAUUUGAACAAAACAAUUCAUAUUUGACAAAUUAAAAAACAUUAUUUAAGAAUUAGUAGGAUCAGCUAUAUGCAUUGUAAACUCCAGAUUCUAAGCUUUAAAAUGACACCCCUUUUUUGUUCAGAUCAAGCGAGUGGUUUUUAAUUUAUGAUGUAAUUAUUUAUUUAUUAAUUUCCUGCAGGGAGUGCCCCUCACUGGCCUCAAUGAAUCCUUCUAUCAAUAAAAAAUAUAUAUUUUUAAAUAUUUUUAAAUGGAGCACAAAACCUGUCAUAAUUACUACAAAAGAAAUUGAUAAAAAGAUUUAAUGCAAUAUAUUUUGAUAAUAUAUAUGCAAUAUGAGAGAUUUAUAAACAAUCUUAGUGGUCCGGUCAUUUUUGACCAAGAAAAUAAAAUGUGUUAGCACAAAACAAGAGUUAAAGUUAUUGAACUGAACAUGAUUUCAAAAUGACUGCUCAGUUAGUGUUGAGUGACUCCUUUAAAUUUAAUCUUACAAAUAGAGUACCUUUAAACUAAACAUUUGUAAACAACGCUAAGUAAUUACCACAUUUCCUAACAAACAAGUCCCCAAACCCCAGCCUUCUGCUUGCCGCCUCCUCGAAAGCUACCACCCUCCCGAUUUCCACACACCACUCCAGAAAUGAAGGCGCUCCAUCCGACUUCCAUCCCCUUAAAAUAAGUCUGCCAAUCAUGAUACUGGUCAGAACCCAAUUUUUUAUAUGUUUAUCCCCCACAUUUAUGACUGCCCCAUCACCCAAAAUACAGAGUCUGGGGCAAAGAAAAAUUUGAGUGCCUAAAACGUCACACAAACAACUCUGAACCUUCAACCAAAAUUCUUGGAUCUUAACCCCAAAAAACAUGGAUUGUGUCCCAUGGAUUGGCAUCGCCAGCAGGUGGGUGUGUCUUUAAGACCAAGCCUAUACAAUCUAGAGGGGGUCCAAUAAAAUCGAUGUAAAAUCUUGAAUUGCAUAAGACGCACCCUUGCAUCUCUAGAUGCAGACUUGAAGUUUUUUAGAAUCCUAGCCCACACUUCCUCCUCCAAUACCAAGUUUAAAUCUUUCUCCCAUAAUCUCUUGAGAGAAGUUGAAGCUCCAUCCCCCAGACUCUGAAUUAGCAGGGAGUAAUACACUGAUGCCUCAUGACCUUUUCCAAAAGUAGUAAUCACCUCUCCCAGAGUAUCUGCCGCUUUAGGGGGGUGUGUGCUACUCCCAAAAAUAGUACAGAACAGGUAAAUACCUAAAGAACUGAGAUCUGGGAAUCCCAAAAUGUUGAACCAAAUUUUCAAAAGAUCUCAACACUCCACUCUCAUACAGGUCACCGAGUGUAGUAACCUCCCUUACAAUCCACUCUGACCAGCAAAAAGGUGACUUAUUAUUUGUAAACAACUCUUGAUCUGUAGAAAAUCUACACUGUUUUACUAGGUUACAUAGUUGACCAUUUUGGGCCUAUAUUCAACAUGGAGGCAUAGAGCUACAAAGCACAUGGUAUCUUUGGAAAUGUAUUUUCAUAAACAUAAAUAUGUAACACAUAAUUUUUAGAAUUGUUUUCUUAUAAAAAAUGUGAAACAGUAAUACUUGAGUAACACUGGUGACAGCCAAUUAAAAAAUAUUUGGGAAAAAGGGAGACGAUGUAACUUCAAGUCCUUCAUCAUUGUGUUUUUAUGUCAUGCAAGUCAUGUGAUAAUAGGACAAACCACUUCUUUCUGAAAUGUGUUUUUUCCAAUCUGUAACUUGACAAUUAUUUUUUCGGACACGAGGUACAUCACAGCAAAUACUUGAUAUUUUUGUAGUACAUACCCCAAGUGUCUUAGUUUUCUAUCUAAAGUCAAAAUUAUGAAAAUAAUUUACAUUUGAGGUCAUUUUUUUCUGCUAAUUUGCAAAGUAUGACCAACUGUAAAAAACUGGACAGCUAAAUACCAAAGUUUUAUGUGAUAAACACCUUUUCAAACAAAAAAGAUCAGGACCAGGUUUCAUUAAGGAUAUCUCUGUAUUUUGCUGC